AUGGUACUGGGGGCCCUACUUUGCCUCAAUUAUUACAUCAAAGCCCUUGGAGCUGCUUCCCUAUCUCAGGUAGUCACACAUCCACUAAUGAAGAGCAUCACCUACUGGCCACAACUUGUAUUGGGACUGACCUUCAAUUGGGGAGAACUGCUUGGUUGGUCAGCUGUCUUUGGCUCCUGUGACUGGUCGGUGUGCCUACCACUGUAUUUCUCAGGAGUGGUGUGGACAUCCAUUUAUGACACCAUCUAUGCCCAUCAGGUAUUAGAUGACGAUAUCAGAGUAGGGGUCAAGUCUAUAGCAUUGAGGUUCCAGGAGCACACCAACAAUUGGCUCAGUGGGUUCAUGAUGGCCAUGAUGUUAAGGCUGGUUGUGGCUGGGUUCAACGCAGAACAGACCCUGCCUUACUAUGCAACAUUGUGGCUAUUCACCUCACAUUUAAUUGGGUAUAUUUACACAUUGGACAUCAACAAACCAGAGGACUGCUGGAAGAAAUGUAUUUCAAUCAGAACCCUUGGACUAUUCUUGUUCUUGGGAAUAGUCUGUGGAAAUGUGUGGAAAGAAAGAAGAUACACUUUAUUUCCAAGAGUUUGA